AUGACUGGGGACCUCAUGGACAUUGCAAUCGCGAACGCCCGAGGAAUCGGCGCGCUUGUCGUUCUCCUCGCGCUCGCAGUGGUCUUUCUCGUCCAGAAUGCGAACCAGAAGCCACAGAGAGUCUUGGACCCGGUGGAGUGGAGAUCUUUCAAGCUCAUCGCGAAAGACCACCUUUCUCACAACACUGCUCUGUACAAGUUCGGUCUUCCGCGCCCUACCGACACCCUUGGACUCCCUAUCGGACAGCACAUCUCAGUGAUGGCUGAAUUGGACGGGAAGCAGGUCAUGCGGAGUUACACCCCAACGACGCUGGAGGAGGACAAGGGACAUUUCGACUUGGUAGUUAAGACCUACGAGAAGGGCAACAUCUCGCGAUACCUCAGUCUCCUCACUAUCGGCCAGGAAGUCAAGAUCAAGGGGCCCAAGGGGAAGUUCCACUACUCUGCCAACAUGGUUCCACACUUGCUCAUGAUCGCCGGUGGUACUGGUAUCACACCGAUGUACCAGAUCAUCAAGUCGUCGAUCAAGGACCCAAAAGACAACACCCAGCUCAGCUUGAUCUACGCCAACGUGAACGAGGAUGACAUUUUGUUGAGGCAGCAAUUGGAGGUUCUCCAAGACAGGUCGAAGGGUCGCUUCAAGCUCUACAUGGUCCUCAACAACCCACCAGCAGGCUGGACAGGCGGCAGCGGCUUUGUUACACGCGAGAUGGUCGAGAAGCACAUGCCAUCUGGCGGUGUUGGAUCAGCGGAACACGGGAAGGGCGGCAAGGUCUUGCUGUGCGGUCCCCCACCGAUGCUUAACGCCAUGAAGACGCAUCUGGCCGGUAUCGGGUACCCCGCACCACGAGCGCUCUCGAAGCUCGAGGAUCAGGUGUUCAUGUUCUAG